AUGGCGGGAAACGACGACCAUGUCAUCCAGCUCUCCCCCGAGGCAGAGUCCUCGCGCUAUCGGCCCAUUAAGCGUCUCGAUGAAAGCGUAGUCAACCGCAUCGCAGCAGGUGAAAUCAUUCAUCGUCCGGCUAACGCUCUCAAAGAGCUCAUCGAGAACUCGCUUGAUGCCGGUGCCACCCUCAUCCGCAUCACUUUGAAGGAAGGUGGGAUAAAGACGCUUCAGAUUCAAGACAAUGGCUCGGGUAUUCAACCUUCAGAUUUGCCUCUGCUCUGCGAGCGAUUCGCUACCUCGAAGCUACGAGACUUUGGCGAUUUGGAGAGCAUGUCCACUUUCGGAUUCCGAGGAGAAGCGCUUGCUAGUAUCAGCUAUGUCACUGCAAGUAUGAAUGUCGUGUCCAAAACCAGGAGUCAGGACUGUGCCUUUCGCGCUUACUACGCAAAUGGAGCACUGGCACCACCCAAACCUGGCCAAAGCAGCGAUCCAAAACAGUGUGCAGGAACUGAUGGCACCCUCAUAACGGCCGAGGAUCUGUUCUACAACCUACCACAACGUCGUAGAGCACUACGCAGUCCAGCAGACGAAUACAAUCGAGCACUCGAUGUCGUGUCGAAAUACGCCGUUCACUAUGGAGGCAAAGGCGUCGGAUUCGUUUGCCGCAAAGCAGCAAGCAAUGCUACCGACCUCAACACCCCUUCCUCUUCCACCAACACUACUCUGGACACAAUCCGUGUGCUGCAUGGCAAUGCGGUAGCGCGUGAAUUGGUCGAGCUUAAAGUUGUUUCUGACGACCAAUUGGGCUUUUCCUGUCAAGGCUGGAUCAGUGGGGCCAAUUGGAGUAGCAAACGUACAACGCUUCUAUGCUUUAUUAACAAUCGUCUGGUCGAUUGUCCCUUGUUGAAGAGAUCGAUCGAAGCGGUGUAUGCGACACUGUUGCCGAAGGGCGGACAUGCUUGGAUUUACUUGGCGAUUACUAUCAAUCCGGCUAAUGUGGAUGUCAAUGUUCAUCCCACAAAGAAGGAGGUGCAUUUCUUGAAUGAGGAUGAGAUCGUGGAGAGGAUCUGUCAGGCGGCGCAGGAGAGGUUGGCUGGGGCCAACUCGAGUCGGACUUUUGCUUUUUCGCAGGCCGUGCUGCCGGUGCUAUCUUCAGAUGUUGGGUCAUCGUCGGCAGUUGCACGGAAUCCAGCAGCUUCAUCUUGGUCGGCGGCAGAAUCUGGUGGUGCAAGGUCAAGUGAUCGGGACAACAGGCCGGCGCUGAGCGAGACAAGGAGCAGUAGUAGCAGUAGUGUCGGAAGUAGCAGUGGCGCCAACACGACGAGAAAGACAGAUGUUUCAAUCUCGUCGUCCAAAGGCUAUCCUCGGCAUUUGGUGCGGGUCGAUGCCAAGACGCAGACGCUGGAUGCCAUGUUUUCAUCAACGUCUGCCAAGUCGACUGGCAAAAAACGUGCAUUCGAUGGUGCAGCUACGCAAGAAUCCUCCAUCGGCACGGAUGCAGUGAUGAUGGAGCACGAUGAACCUUCAGCGAGCUUGCAGGAUCCUACUUCGAGCAGGCUAGGUAGCAGCAACAACAACAACAACAACAACAACAACAACAACAACAACAACUACUACUCAUACGCAGACAGUGUGAGUGAUCCUCCUCCCGCAGCCAAACCUACUUGGCCCACACAAACGCAAAGCAUCCGCAUCACCGACUCCGACUGCUCUCUCACCUCCGUCCGUCAAUUGCGUUCCCAGAUCACCAAAUCGCAACACCGCAAUCUCACCGAAGUGGUCCAGAACCACACAUUUGUCGGAGUCGUCGACUUGCAGAAAGGCUUGAGUCUCAUACAACACGAAACGAGACUACUACUAGUCAACCACGACGCACUCAUCCGGGAAUUCGCCUACCAACUCAUCUUGCGUCAGUUCGGCAGUUUGAAGCGCAUUCGUUUGGAUCCAGCUCCUUCCCUCGACGAUCUUGUUCGGUUGGGUUUGGAAAGCGUUUCUGGUCUACCCUCCGGCGAGGAAGUGAAGGAGAUGAAGGAGAAGGUGGUGAACGUGCUACUAGAGCACGCCGACAUGCUGGAAGAAUACUUCUCGCUAUGUUUUAAUGUUGAACAGCGAACAUUGGAAGCAGUGCCCAGUUUGAUCCCGGGUGCAGGAGGGUGUGGGGUGGAGUUGGAUAGGUUGCCGAUGUUGCUGGUUAGGUUGGCGGCAAGAGUGAAUUGGGGGGAUGAAGAGGGGUGUUUUGAUUCUUUUGCCAGGCAGGUUUCCGGAGCUUGUUUGCCAGUUGCCCCGCUACCACCUGCAGUUACUACCUCUACCUCUACUUUUUGCUCAGCAUCAAACUCGAAGCCAGUCUCGAAGACAUCAGUAGAAGACGGAAACGGCUGCACAUCACCAUCCCUCGUCCAAUUGGAAGCAGCAAACAAACAGGAGCGGGAAGAGAUGCAAGAAUCAGCCAAGCGAAAGAUCCGCAACUACUGGUUCAACAAUAUGACCAAAUCGCGUGGACGGUACAUUCCGAGUAAGCAGGCUAACAAGUUUGUCGUUCAGGUGGCCAACUUGCCUGAUUUAUAUCGUGUAUUUGAACGUUGUUGA